UUUCUUUUUUAGUCUGCUCUUAAUUUCGAAACUAAAGGCAAAGUAUUGGGGAGCAAUACGUAAUUAAUUUUCGAAAUAGAGAAAAACCAAGGAAAGACACAGAACUGGGUAAACAGUAGGAGAAGGUUGAAACCCAUUAACAGCCUUUCAGUCAAAACUUUACAGAGGUUAGUGAUCAGUUAGCGCUUCGUGGGGCUUUGAUGGAUAGUAUUGUAGAUGCACUGAACAGUGCAUAUCAAGAGUAUGUUGCAGCAGCAGCUGCUGCACUUGAAUCAAAGGAGAAUUCAAAUGGUCAGAAAACAGCAGCAACUGAUGCUGCAUUAGAAAACUUUAAGCAACGAUGGGAGCUGUUCAGGGUUGCUUGUGAUCAGGCAGAGGAAUUUGUGGAGUCAGUUAAGCAAAGAAUAGGUUCCGAGUGUCUUGUGGAUGAGGCUACUGGAACUGUUUCAGGGAAGCCUGGGCAAUCAGCUGCAAGUGGCCUUCAACCCAUUAGUGCUGUUAGGUUGGAGCAGAUGAGUAAAGCUGUCAGAUGGUUAGUGAUAGAACUGCAACAUGGUUCUGGAGCGAGUAGUGCUUCAGCACAUCCGAAUCCUUCUGCUCCAUUUGAUGCCAGAUUUUCUGAAGAUGCAGCUCAAUAGACGAGUGGAAACUAGAAAAAUCAUGGUUGCUUUGUAUUCUAUGCUCGUCGCUGUAAAACAAAGGACAACAGUUAAUUGUGCCUGUUUUCAGGUAACUAUGAAGUGUGGUGAUCAGCAGGGACAAACAGAAAAUCUACUAUGCCUCAGUAAGCCGCUAAAGUUGUACGUUUGAUGUAUCUAGUCAUGUUUUAACACUGUAGAAGAAAUGCUUGGGAAUGAUAUUUCUCAAACACCUCUACCGCUCUCCCUCCCUCCCCAUCUUAUGAGAAGAUCUAGCGAGUUUAUGUUUGUAUUUUCAAGGCUCAGAGAUUCACUCGCAGUAUGAGCUACCUCACUGUUUGCGUUAUUCAGCUCUCUAAUCCACAUCCCUCUAUGUUUAAGCAUACCACAUAUACAAACAGGCGCUAUGUAUUACUAUGUUUUCAAGUAUUUACGCUUUUAAAGUUUGUUAUACAAAUGGUAGUUUAUAUCGUUUGUUUCAAAAGGCUCAAACUUAUUGUUUGGUGUAGGUUUUUUUGAUUUUUGUAUAUUCAUAAUGAUAAUAUCUGGGAUGAUUUUAAUUGCC